GUGGGUGUUCCCCAGAAUUGUAACUUUUUCAGUAAUAUCAUACCGUACAAUCUCAUAACUUUACAUACAGUGUUACUGCACAUUUUAACAGGAGAAUAAUAUUCAGUAGAUUAUGGGUUUUCAAAUGAUACCUCACAAGCCAUACUGUGUACAAAAUUGAUCAUGAUUUUCUAGAAGAGUGAACACAGGGGUACAGACUGACACAGUGUCUGUGUGUGUGUUCCCAGCAGAUAGGUGGGUAUUUCAAUCCCUCUAAGAAUAGUGUUCGGCAUCUUCAUGGACCUGGGGCACUGGUCCUGGAAAUUCACUCGUUUACCAAGUGUGACACUGUAUGGAAUUGUGAGAAACUUUUGGUAUUAAUAAUAAAAUCUGAUAAAAUUGCAAUGAAUCGUGCUAGAUAUGCCAUGGAAGGUGUCAGGAAAAAUGUUAUGAUUUUCCAAGUAUGAUCACUUUCUAUGUUUCUAUCACCUUUGUACUAUGAGUUAUAGAUAUGUAGGGUAUAUCUGUAUUUCCAGACUUGGACAGUGUUUCUGGGCGACAUCUCCAGACAUAUUGGCAUCAACACUGCCUAGCCUGUUUGAUGGCCCAUUGAGGGUCAUCAGCUGUACAAUGAGCCCAUGGAAAGGACCAAGGGGAUACACCUAUUGUGUCAGCAAGACAUUCCCGGCAAGGUUUCCUGUUACCCAGCCUGAUGUGAUCUCCCAGCUGGAACAAGGGGAAGAGCCAUGGGUCCCAGAACUCCAGGGCUCUGAGGAAAGAGAGAUCCUGAGAGCUCCCCGCACAGCAGAUGAUUCGAUGGCAUGUGAGAACAAGGAGCAGAAUUCUCAGCAGGAAAAUGUUGAGCAAGUGGAUAAACACAGAGCAUUAUUGCAAAGAUCGAAAAGGAAUGUGUCCAGGAGUCAUGAGCAGGGAAACUCCUGUGAGAUUCAGCACAAACCAGAAAGAGAGCAGGGAAACCAGGCAGGGGAGAAAUUGGGUAAAUGUAUUUCCUUUCAGGGAACUCAGAAGGUCCUCAUGGAAACCACAACACAACAGGAAAUCCUUAGACGAAAGAGAAAAAAUACAUGCACUGAGUGUGAGAAAAACUUCAUUCACAGAUCAUCCCUUUCUGUUCAUCUGAGAAUCCACACAGGGGAGAGGCCCUACGAAUGCCGUGAGUGUGGGAAGACCUUCAAUCGCAGCUCAAACCUUUCUAAGCAUCGGAGAAUCCACGCAGGGGACAGGCCCUACAAAUGCAGUAAUUGUGGGAAAAGCUUCACUCACAGAUCAGCCCUUUCUAGACUUCAGAGGAUCCACACAGGUGAAAGACCCUAUGAAUGCAGUGAGUGUGGGAAAACUUUCAAACACAGCUCAAACAUUAUUACCCAUCAAAGAAUUCACACAGGGGAGAGGUUGUAUAAAUGCUGUGAGUGUGGAAUAUGCUUCAUUAAGAGUUCAGCCCUUUCUGAGCAUCAGAGAAUCCACACGGGGAGAGGCCCUAUGAAUGCAGUGAGUGCGGGAAAACCUUCUCUUGGCUCUCAGCCCAUGUUAGCCAACAGAGAAUCUGCCACAGAGAUCAACAUUGUAACAAUCUCUAGGGCUAUCAAGACUUUCUUUUCUUUAAUACUUUUCCUGAUUCCCACAUAGUAACCUUUAAAGCUCUUUGAACUGUUUGCAGCACCGUUAUCCCUCAGCUUGUCCAGAUGAGUGGCCCAUUUUUGCCUUUUGCAGUUCGCCCUCUUUUGAGAUGGAUCUAUUUGUCCUUUCUAUUGUCCCACAAGUAAUUUCACUGUGCCCUUCCUAUGAGGAACCAGGGAGCAUCACAUUUAUACAAUUCCUCCUAUUGCAAAGUUAUUGUUAGAGUCACCAGUGAUACAGAUUGUAUCAUUGACAGUUGUUUUCACAUUGCUCUGUGUUGUGCUGAAGAGCAGUUAUAUUGGGAAUUUUUCAAAUUAGAUGUAUAUGAAGAGGAGCUGGGGCAGGAAAAAAGUGUCAUUUCAGCUUCCGUGACACUGGAAGGAGAUGAGGUGACUCAAAGAUUCCCUCCUUCCCCUUCAGUGUAGAACUGUAAUCUUUUGCCUGAGCCAUGCAGAGUUUAUGUUCAUUGCAUUCUAUCCAUCCACUUCUCAAAGUGUCAUGUGAUGAAGCAUUCUCUGUUGUCUGUGCUUGCAGAUGAUGUUUUUACUACUUUAAUCCUAUAUCAGAAUCGCUGUGACUGGAGAUGAGUCUCAAAAGUCCUGGGAGGGGAAUUCAAAUGGAUCCCAAAUAGAGUGUGAUCAUUUAGAGUUUAAAUCUCAGGUUCCAUUUAUUGUAAAGCCAUUUCUGGCAAGAGGGGUGUUUUUCCCUCAUUAUGGGGAUGCUAGGAUACUAAACAUUUUGUAAAUAACAUAACUGACUAUGGAGACAGGGAUGAGGGAAGCAGGUUUGAAUGGAUCAGAGGACAAUGUGAUGGGAGAAUCUCUUGUCCCGUUUCUGAAUAAUCAGAUGUAACCUGCUCUGGAAUUUCACUUGACGCUUUCUUUGUAAUGUAUUCUGUCUCUCUGUGAUGUGGGUUUCUAUCUUUCCUGAAGGCUGUGUUUGGUCACCCAAUUGGAUAUUAGUUCAGUUUGAAAGGAUGUAGCUUAGAUUUAUUGAAGAAUUUAAGACAAUGACCCUUUGCUAAAGUCCUCAUUUAUGAUUUCAGCUUUGCUUUUUCCCCAUCCCUCCAUGAUGGCAUGGAGAAAGUUGAAGUGCAGUUCUAUCAACAGGAGAGAACUCUCUAAUUUA